UACUUUUAAGACAGUUGUAUUUUGUUUUAAUCUACAUUUGAAUUGCUUUUAAAAUGUUUAAAAUGUUUAAUCAAUUUUUAUUUAUCAGAUAUGAUUAAUAAAAAAGAGUUUAGAAUGAAAAGUUGUAUUUUUUUCCAUGAUAUAUUGAAUGUUAUACCUAUACAAAUAUAGAUAUACUACACUUGCAUUGUUACCAGUCAAGCCCCCGCAUGACCGGUUUCUUAAUCCCUUCCCUUCCACACCUAUGCUACUACCUAUAUAUAUAUAUGUGUGUGUGUAUAUAUAUACUGUUCACCUGUGAAUCGGGAUAUGCAUGUCCCUGUUUGCACACCAAUGGCGACGCGCGCCCAAGCGUACACAAAUCAUGUGGAUGUAAAUACCUGUACUGAUUAAAUAAAUAUUUAAAACUAUUACAAUGUCGAGACUUAUUCGUUAUUUUGUAAUUUAAAUUUUCAAUAAUGAAAUUUUUUAUUCAUCAAAUGGUUACGAUAUUUUUCUAUAAAAAAUGAAUAGUUUGAAAGACAAAAGUUCUGUUUAUCAACAUGAAGAGCAAACUUCUGGAUAUGUCAGAAAUGAGAAGAAUCCUGUGGAUGAAGAGCAUGAAUGUUGGGCCAGUGAUAGUGGUUCUAGUUCAGGAUCUUAUUACUCAAACAGUUCAAGUUCAGCUAUCGAAUGGGAAUCUGAAAUAAGUCCAUCAGGAGAAGUUUUUUAUAUUGAAUCAUUAUCAGAAUCAUUUUCUGCUCAAAACAAAAUUUGUGAAAGUAACCAAUAUAUUUCUCCUCCACCUGAAUUGACUCGGCGUAGAAGCACAAGAGCUGGAAAAUUGAUACGUUUGAUAAAACGUAAGGAGAGUUACAGGCACAGCGUGAGAAUAAAUGGCUUGGCUUCAGAAUUAAAACAAAAUCAUGAGUCCAUUAAUAAACUUAAUAAACAAAGGGAAACUGCUUUGGAAGAUUUCACAAAAGGAGAAAAGUACAUAGUUAAUAUUUGGAUAGAUCCGGAAAAAAGACAUAAGCUUGGGAGACGGGCUACAACAUGUGAGGCUUAUUUAGGAAUUAUUCCACGAAUAGCAUCAGACAAAUCAAAGAUUAUAGUAGCUGGAUUUGUACCCGAUGGCGAAGCUUUAAAGAGUAAAAAUAUUAGAGUAGGUGACUGGCUUCAAAAUAUAAAUUCAAAGGAAAUCAAUAAUCACAAUAUAGAUGAAAUACUUUCUGGAAUUGUUUCUCCAACAAGUGUGGUUUGCCAAUUUCAAAGGACAUCUGUUGAAACAAAUUAUGAAAAUUCAUCACCAACUAUGAGUUGCCCCAAUCAAUCAUUAUUAGCAAGACAAUUAGUUGAUAAAGAAGAAAGUAAAAUUCUCAUGGAUUCUUUAAUAAAAGACUCUCUAGGUGUGGUCUGCAUGAAAAUCACAGAAUUUUCAGAGAAUGACACAGACUUGCAGGGUAUAUUAUAUUCAUUUCCUAAAUCAAAGAAUAAGAAUGUGCACUCUUUUCUUUCAACAACAAAAGGAGCAUUUGUCACAUUGAAUCAUAUGCUACCAGAUAUUAUUGGACCUCAACCUGUUAGUACAACUGUGAUGUCUUCCAAUGGCUUGGCACACAUUAUCUAUUUUUGCUAUGAAGAACAACUGUUACUGAUAUGUAUACCAGACAAAUGUUGUAACAAACAAGAAGCCAUGGAACUUUCAAAGGAUAUUGUAUGCUCUUUGGCUUUCACAAAUGAAAGUGUACCCAAGUGCUUUGAAAUAGAAGAUAAUCACUUAUAUUUAGAUCACUUCUUUUAUCUUUUCUUUUCUCGACUUUACAAAGACAAGCUCACAAUGACUAAAAGUAGUUCAGAAAAUCUGAAAAACAGUACAAAUGUAGAUGAUAUAAGGCAAACUGAUUUUAACUUCUUAUUACCAGCUGUCCAGUCAAUAGAACUGCCAAGAGAUGCUCAAAUACAAAUUGAUGCAGCUCUGACUGAAAUGGAAGCAAUGGAUUAUAGAGAUUGGAAUCAUGACCCUAUGGAAUGUCAAAGAUUAUACACAAUUUUAGGUAGUUGUUUAUACCACAAAAGAUAUCUGCUUGGAUCUCAUCUUCCUGCUGAAGAUCUUGUUCAAGUGCAUUCAUUUUUAAGACGACAUGGUCUGAUCAAUCUUAUGAAUAGUGAACAAGUUAAAUCUCUUAUUGUUUGGAAAAGAAUAUAUCCUGCAUCCUGUGUGAAUAGAAAAAUAGCAUGGGAAGAGGAUAAUGUUUACCCAUUAGCAGAUAGAUGGUUUUUACUUAUUGUUGGAUAUGGACAUGAUCUGCUUGUAGUAGUUCUUGAAUCAGGGGGUUGUACAGCAGUAUUUGAAGGGAACUCUGGUCCAGAUAUAUUCUAUGUCGAAGAGGCUCAAGAAACUCUCAAACAUAUCAGGAAAAUUGGUAUAUCAAUGCUGGCAGAAAAAUGGAUCAAUGCCAAUGCUAAACCAGAAAUCAUUACACCACAAAAAGAGUCAAUGUCAUCAAAAAUGCCUUUAAGUAUUGCUGAAAAUCUGGUUGGUUUCAUUAAGACAAAUCAAUCUAAAUCUUUGAGUAAUUUAUCUUCCAAUACAAUCAAGUCUACCUAUGACAAUACAAGUUUUACAAAGAGUAGAAAUUAUGAAGAAUCUAGACUUGAACUAAAUUCUGCAUAUUCUUUAGAAACUCGAGAUUCUCGAGAUUCACCAAGUCAAGAUUCACUCAGUCAAGUUAGUGAAAUGAGUGAUCAGGCUGCACCAAUUUUGGGAAGACGAGCAACAAGAGAGAGAACUAAUAUGAUAGCAUCAAGACAUUCUGAUGAUAGUGAUUCAGACCUAGAUAAUGAACAACUGGGUAUUUCUGAUAUAAGUAACAUUCGAGAAAACCUACUUAAUCAAGCAGAAUACAUUAUACCUAAAGUCAUUACAACAGGUGACAAGAAUUCUCUACUGUACUAUGUUCAUAUAGAUUUAUUUGAAGGUAUUCUUGUCUCUUCAAAACUAAAUCAAUUGGAUCCAGAAUUCCUUUCAAAUAUAAAUAUCUGUAGCCAAACUAUUCAUAAAUUAUUAAGUGAUACAAAAAGAUACAAAAAAUUGUUAAGUCAUGAUGCAGGAAAAGCUGUAAUAAACAAAAGUUUAAUUGCCAUAAAAGAACAUGGCAUUCUUUUUGAAUGGGAAAAUUGUAUAUAUUGGGUAGUUGGACGAUUAUACACUACUCCAAGACCGAAAGAAUUGUAUAUAUGCUAUCAAGAUUGCACACCACAAAAUCUAAUUGAAAUGGCUUUUAGAUUACAGUCCACUCACUAUUAAAUAAAUGUAUUUAGUUUUAUUAUAAAAAUAAUUAUAACUAUAUUUUUUACUUUAUACAAAAAUAAAUAUUUAUAUUUUUAAAUCAA